UACUGACAUCGCCGGAAGUCAGGGUGGAAAGUCACCAAAUCAAGUCGGGUGAAAACAAACUUCGCGGCAAUUUCCAUUUUAUUCUCUGUUCCUCUUGGGACUGCAGCCCCAAUUCAUGCAGUGACCGCAGUAGAAAACGCUGAAAUAAAAACAAUGUUCUUGUAUAUCCUUGGGCUGGUGGCUGUUUGGUACGUCUACCGCUGGUACAAAGAAAGCAAAAGAGUUCCCAACCAGGGGGACAAAUAUGUGUACAUCACUGGCUGUGACUCCGGGUUUGGGAACAGCCUGGCCAAACAUCUGGACAAGCUGGGCUUUUGUGUGAUUGCUGGCUGCUACACGGAGAACGGUGAAACUGCGCUGAAGAAGGUCUCCUCCGAAAGGCUGACAACCAUUUCCCUGGACGUCAGCAAGUCUGAAAGUGUGAAAAAUGUGGCGGCUUUCAUUAAGACCCUUGUUGGAGAGAAAGGUCUGUGGGCUGUUGUGAACAACGCUGGAGUUUCCACGCCGUCCGGUCCCGUAGAAUGGCUCACCAUUGACGAUUACAAAUCCAUGCUAGCCGUCAACCUCAAUGGAGUGAUCGACGUCACUCUGAGCGUGCUCCCUCUCAUCAAGAAGGCCAGGGGCAGAGUGGUAAAUGUAGCCAGUGUGUUCGGGCGAAUCAGUCCAUUUGGGGGGCCUUACUGUGUGUCCAAGUAUGGAGUGGAGUCCUUUAAUGACAGCCUGCGUUUGAACAUGGCACCAUUUGGAGUCAAAGUUUUGUGCAUUGAGCCAGGCUUCUUCAAAACAAGUGUGACUGACACUGUGAUACUGAAAAAACACUUCAGGAGCCUUUGGGACAGAUUACCUCAGGAUUUGAAGGAUGACUAUGGGUAUACUUUCUUGGAGACAGGUCUCGAGCAGCUGGAUGAAAGGUUCAAGCAGUUUCGAGACAGCGACCUGAUGAAGGUAGUCCACUGUAUGGAACACGCCAUCGCCUCCGUCCACCCUCGCUACCGCUACUCCCCAGGAUGGGAUGCCAAGUUCCUCUGGUUGCCCAUGUCAUACAUGCCAACUUGGCUUUCAGAUGGAUUUUUCCUUCGAUACAGUCCCAAACCCAAAGCAUCUGUGAUUUGACAAACAUCCUGUGCGUGUUAUUUUCACAACACUAAAUGUUAGCUUUACACAUCUGACAAACUUUGUCAACAUCCUUUACGUCUCAAGUCCUGUAAUAAUCUGUUACCCCUUUCUUGAAAAUGAAGUUUUCUGUAUGACAUAUGUAUUUUGAAUAAAAGUUUCUGUAUUAGUUAUAGAGUAAGCAGAAACAAUAAUGUGC